AUGACUGUGUUUCCAAUCCAAAAUAGUAGUAGUAAUCAAAUCGCUCGACCAGGUUGCAGAGAAAGAUGUGGGAACAUAAUUCUUCCUCACCCAUUUGGUAUGCAUGAUACUAAUUGUUAUCGUCCUGGGUUUGAGAUCAUUUGCGAUGAAUCUGUAAGUCCUCCAGUUGCUAGUUAUUUUUCUCGGGGUGGUCCUGUUAGCAGUGCCUCAGAGCUUAUUGAUCCUGGGUCUGGGUGGUCAGCUCCCAUCCUACAUAAAACACCCUUCACCAUUUCCAACACUCUCAAUAAAUUAACAGUCAUUGGUUGCAACAUUUUUGGUUUCGUUAUACCACUUAAUAAUGGUAUAACAAAUUUCACCAGCAGUGGGUGUGCAUCCCGUUGUGAUGUGAUUCUUGGAUACAACAGUAGUAUCCCAAAUCCUUGUGACUCUGGUAAUGGCUGUUGUAAGGUAACAAUUCCAAGCGGACUAUCUGGAUUCAAGAUACAGACAGCGAGUACCAGUGAUUCAAUCCAGAAUCUGUGCGUCCGUGCUUUUCUGGUUGACCAGGAAUAUUUUGCGGUUGAUGAUUUAAUUGUGUCAAGGGACGACUCAGUUGUACCUGUGAUCUUGGACUGGGCGGUACCUGACUUUUCUACAUGCAGAGAAGCUCGAAGAAACCCCACCGGAUAUGCUUGCGGAUAUUAUACUGAGUGCAUUGACCCAAACAAUGGCUUCGGUUACCGCUGUAAAUGUGCAAAAGGCUAUGAGGGAAAUCCUUAUCUCAAACAUGGCUGUCAAGAUAUUGACGAAUGCAAAGGACCAAACAAGUGUGGACAAGAAGCUAUUUGCAUUAAUACACUUGGGAGCCACAGGUAUUGGAGGAGGCAUAGUAAUAAUACUUCUGCUUGGGCACGGUUACUGGUUGUACAUCGGGUGUAA